GAAUUCCCGCGAGGCAAACAACCAUCGAAUCAUAGAAACAAGUUGAUUUCAUUUUCUUGUGGCUAUUUCGACGAAUGUCUUCGUUUGAUUCUCAAGAGCCCGAAACAAGACCACCCGUUUACAGCCGCAAAGAUAAGUCUCUAGGACUCUUGUGCUCAAAUUUCUUGAGGUUGUAUGGUGGAGAAGGCGUGGGACCGAUUGAACUCGUUGAGGCAGCUGGCAAAUUAGGAGUUGAGCGGCGCCGCAUGUACGACGUAGUCAAUAUAUUGGAGAGUAUCGGAAUUAUAGCAAGAAAAGGAAAGAACCAAUACUCAUGGAAGGGAUUUGGAGAAGUUCCUGGGAUUUUGGAGGAGCUUAAGGAAGAGGGUUUGGGAGAAAAGUUCAAAUACUCUGGUGUUCUCUGCAAUUCAGUUAAAGUUUCAAAAGAUAACGAAAAUAGAGUGUCUCCCAGUCUCGAAAAUAAUUUGGAGGACUAUUCUACAGCAUCAUCGAGAAGCGACAACAGAAGGGACAAAUCUCUAGUGCUUUUCACUCAGAGUUUUAUCAAGCUUUUCCUUUGUUUCGAUGUGGAUUCGAUCACUAUCGAUGAUGCUGCAAAGGCAUUGCCGGGUGAUAAGCAUGAUGCAAGGGCUUUGAGAACAAAAGUUAGACGACUGUAUGAUAUUGCGAAUGUUUUCUCUUCCUUGAAUCUGAUUGAGAAGAUUUAUGACCCAGUGAGUGGGAAAGCAGCAUUCAGGUGGGUGGGAUGGAAAGCAAAACCCAAAGAUGGAUCUGACUCUGAUUUGGAUCUAAAUGAAAAAAAGAGAAUGUUUGGGAUUGAUAUUACAAAUUACAGUUCAAAGAGAAAUAGGUUGGAUUCUUCUAAGGUGGAGUCUUCUAUAAAUUGGAAGUUAAAUCAGAAGGUAGAUAUGCCAAUGCAUAACAGACAAGGUGACUUGGAAAUUGUACAUGAGAGGAUCAAAUUGGAGCAGCAUUCAAAACACAGCUCAAAGGGUAUAGUAUUUGGCCCUUUUGCACCUGUGAAUGUGCCCGGUUUCAAAGAUCCAGAGAAGAAAAGAUUGAUAGAGGUUCAGGAGAACUUGAAUUCUACUUAUUAUCCUCAAUAUCACAACCAAGGUCGAAAACCGAAUAUUCCGGGAGCAAUUGAUGCUCCAUGACAAUCAUUGGGGCUUUAUUCUUGGCGUGGAAUGCUGUUUUCAGACCCAUAUUUAUGGGCAAAUGUUGUAAUGCCUUCUUGGUGUUAACACACACUUUUCAUUAUCGUACCAUAUGUACUAUGGAGCCCUAACACAUUGUCAUUAGCAUCCUUCCAGCUCUGAAGAAAGCAAAGGUGAUCACUUGAUGAGAAGAAUGCAGCAAUUGCAGAUGGGUUUUGCAAGGUUCUUUCUGCAGAUGCAUCAGAAGCUAAUAAUUGGCGAGUUUUUGUCUUGGAUCAACAGGGGUGCCUUGGCGAUAAGUUAUGGUAAUCAACAGUAAAUUCUGAGAGUACCCUCCACCUGAUUAUAGCUGAUAUUCAUGAAGUCUUAAAGUGGCUAUCAUCAUUCUCUUUAUGUACACGCAAUAAUGAUCACAAUCGUCCCAUUAUUCCCUAGUAUAACUAUAAAAAAUCUCAUUCUAGUUUUA